CCACGAUGUUUUUAGAUGUGUAACAUUGUUUCUUUUCACACAGCAGUAGCAGCCCCAGCGUCUACAGAUAGCGUAGCUACUGCUGCCUGGUUUAUCGGAAUGAUGUGUGCCAUUGCCCUAUUGUUGUUACUGCUUAUUAUCGUUUGUCUGAUCAAGCGAAACCGGGGAGGUAAAUACUCUGUCCACGAGAAGGAGGCAGCACAAGGACAAGACCUUGACUAUCCUGAUGACGGCGGCUUCAACGAGUACAGCAAACCACCUGGUAACCAGAAUCCUCAGGCUGGCAGUCGAACGUCCCUCAACAGUAGCCUGAAGGGUCCAGAGAGCGAAACAGACAGCAUGGCUGAAUACGGAGAAGGAGAAGCCGGUCAGUUUACGGAGGAUGGAUCAUUCAUCGGGCAGUACGGUGCAAAGAAAAAGAAAGAACAAGAAUCAACUUCCCCUUCAGCUUUGGCCACAUUCGUUUAGGGCCUCUUUUUAGUGUUUGAUUUUAUUGAAGAGACAGUCUGUGUGAUGAUUUGUCCAGGUCAGAUGCCUGGACUUGUGGUUGUUGAAAAAAAAAAAACCAGUCCUUUUGUUUUUUUAGUAAAAACUAAGUAGGCAGCUUUAUCUUUUUUAAAUUUUAAUUGUGAAAACAAAACUUAUCGUAAAGUUUCCAUGUGUCACUCCAGUGUUUUCAUUGAAUCACUAGAACCAAACUACUAUGGCUUAAGAAUGUACAUUCUUUUUAUUGACGGAGAAGCACAAGUAUAAUGUUUUUCUUGUUGUAGCACAGAUUAAUUUGUAAAGGAUACAUAACUUCCUAACAUCAGGACUAAAGUUGAUCUGGAAGAAGCAAACAUUAGUAAAUGUGACAUAUUUUAGCUUACAGGAUCUACAGCUUGAGAUGUAUUAUAUAAGUAUAUAUAUAUAUAUUAUCUAUAUACAUGUAUUAUGGUUGGUGCAGACGUAGUUGGCCACCCUUCGUGUGUAUAAUUUUCUGUAGUUAAGUUUGCUAAAGUCGUGUUUGUUUUUCAUGAAAGGUCUUUUUUUUUUUUGGUAUUAAAUGUUCGAUGAAAAGUGUGUGAUAUGAAACUCAUUGUGGCCUUUUAAUAUGUCAUUAUGUUUUUACAGCCGGUGUGCUGAGUUUUACUGGAUCGUAUUAUUUAUAUGCUUGUUGAUUUAAUGGAACCUCAUCAUGUAGCUAGACCUUUAAAAGUGCUUAUUUCCCCCAAACACUCAAGACUUGGCAAGCAGGUACCUAAUCAAACUUUGCUGGUGGUCACAUUGCCAUUUCAGUGUUUAUCUGGCAGAAGUUGCAUUGUUUGUGAUAUGACUAAAUACUUUGAGCAGACCUUGUAACUGUAACUUUUAAAAAAAGAUGUAAGUGGCCAGUACAAAUUUUGACUAGCAUUUUUAAUUUUGUGUUUGAAUUUUACAUUAAGUUCCAUGGCACCAUGUUAACGUUGUCUCGUGACUCGGCUUUUUGAGUUGUCUACGUGUUUCGUACCUAUGUUCCCAUUCCUCGCUUGAAAGAAUGUGAAUCAUUUUUUUUGUAGAAGGUCCUGUUAUAUCUCUGUAAAUCAGGUUCAGGCAAGAAAUUUCAUGUCAACCUUCUCCUCUCCUAGUAUAAGCUAGGUUCUAGAUGUAGAGUUCUACUAGUAGUAAUAUAGGACCGAUUCUAGGUGUAACCUUCUUCCAUUGUACACUGAAACCAGAGACUGCUGUUUUAUUAACAGAAAAUAAAGGACAAGUUUGUCCUCAGAA